GUACGAGGAGCAGUCCUGCGAGAAGGCGGACUCGUCGGAGAAGGCGGAUUUGUCGGAGAAGGUGGACAAAGGAGCGGGGAAGGUGGAUUCGUCGGCGAAGACGGACUUAUCUGAGCAUGCGGGCGAUGAAGAGAACGGUGACGCGUUCGAGGAAGCGGGCUCGUCGGAGAAGACGGAGCUGUCCGAGAACGCGAGCGACGCGCUGCUGAAAGCGGACUCGUCGGAGAAGGCGGAUCUGUCGGGGUCGGAGAAGGUUGUCUCGACCGAGGAGGCGGACUCGUCGGAGAAGGAUGAUCUGGAGCUGUCGGAGAAGGCGGACAGGCCAUCGGAGAAAGCUGACUCGUCGGAGAAGGCGGAAUCGUUGGGGACGGUGCAUUCGGCAGCCACCGGAGACUCGUUCGAGAAGGCGGGAUCGUCUGACUCGGGAGUUAGCAAAGCUAUGUUGCACGCGCGGGAGGAGAUAGGCAUCCGAUGGCUGGGGCUGGCGGAGUUCUGCGCCGCGCGCCGCUUCCAGAGCCGCGCGGCCGAGGCGGAAGCGGAACGCUGCGCCGAGGCCGGCCACGUGGCGGAAUGUGCAGAAGCAUCGAGCGAGGCUUGGCGCGUGGCGGUGCCACGGCACGCAGAAGUUGGGCCAGGCGUGAGUGCUGGGCAACGUUGAGCCGGGGCACUGUCAGCCACCCCCCGA